GUUAGUUAGUAGUUAGUUAGUUAGUUAGUUAGUUAGUUAGUUAGUAGUUAUAGAGUUUGGUCAAAAAAUUAUCUGAAUUCCUCUAGAGAAACAUAUAGCGAACAUCACUCUAGUACUCCAAAAAUUAGUAUUAAUGCCGUUACAUUUACUCGGAACAAUUGUCCAAUCACAGGUCAUACAUCAAUAUGUCAUAUGAUAAGGCCUAUUCGAAAACUUUUACAAAUUUUUGUAAGUUUUUAUAUGAGUAUGGGAUUCCUUUUAUUUCAUAAUAAAAUUAUGUAUAUGCCAUUUACUCAAAGUCCUGUGAUAAAAUAAAUUUAAUAGGUUGCGCACUAGUAUAUAAUUGUUAUAGUAUUGUAGUCAUAAAAUUAUAAACCCCCUAUAGCAAAGAUACAAGCCUCCACAGACAAACAGCAAAACAAAUACAAUAUUUUUAUCUAACACAAAUAAUAACACUUGUUAUUCAAAACACCUAAAGCCCGAAAUUGUUUUAAUUACAUCCUUUACUUAAAUUUAUUUGAACAAGUUAAAUGAUGAAAUGAAAUCACUCCUAAUAAGUAGAUAAUAAAAAACUAAUUUGACUAACUACUUACAAUUUCCUGCGACUGAUUAAACUGACGAUAUCAAAUCAGUUGUACUAUAAAAGUGUCUACGUAGAUCAGUCUAUAUCAGGUGUAAUAUAACCCUUAUCUUUGUUAUCUUUUGGCACCCAGUUAACAAAUAAUAAGAUGCUGCUACCUAACACUAUCUAUAUAAAACUAAAAUUGGUCCAAUUUAAAAAACUUUCAAAUCUACACAAUCAUUUGAUAUUUGAAAGUUGUUGGAGAAACGUUGCAUUUAAAAUAAAAAGAAAUGAAAACAAAAACUCGCUUAGAACCACCGGAUGGAGGCUGGGGUAUUUUGGUGUGCAUAGGCAUGGCCAUGCCAUUUAUUAGCGGCUUGGCAGCUUUGCCUUCGUUUGGUUUGGUUUUUGGAGAUUUCCUGAAAAGUAUCGGAGCCGAGACAAGUGCAAUUGGUUUUAUAACUAGUGCUUUCUUCUGUGCAUUUAGUUUUGCCGGUCUGUUUUCGGGGUCUUUAUUUAAUCGUUUUGGUUUACGAACGGUAGGUUUAUUAGGUGGCACCCUGUAUUUUGUAGGCUCUCUACUGCAGAUAUUCGUAACAUCUACUAUUACCCUGUUAUUGGCUUUUAGUCUUAUACAGGGCACAGGCUUUGGCCUAAUGGUACCCACUUCUUAUACCACUUUUAAUAAUUAUUUUGUUAAAAAACGUAUUAUGUGGAUGAGUUUUGCUCAAUCAUUGAUUGGUGUUGGUUCCAUGUUUUAUCCGGUAUUAAUGCAAAAACUUUUAGAAGCCUAUGGUUUUAGAGGUUGUCUAAUGGUUUUGGCUGCCAUAAAUUCGCAUGCUGUUUUGGGUAUGUUGUUAAUGCAACCAGUGGAAUGGCAUAUGCGUAAAGUACAGGUGGAAGAUGAAGAAAUUCAGGAAAUUGAUAAUACUUUAGAGCUGGCAAGAGUUACUCCAAAAGAGCAAGUAGAGCAAAUAUCGAAUACUAAUGACUGCCGUGAAGAAGACUCAAAUCAUCUUUCACCUCUCAUGUACAACCGUAAAAGUUCUCAAAAAUUAUCACGUGAAAUGUUGGAGAAAAUUUCCAGUCGUUGUUCGAGUAUAACAAGUUUGGGUAACUGGACUGGUCCCAUAGUGGUUUCGGACGCUUCACCGGAAAUGUCAAAUGUUUUGGGUUCACGCAGACCUUCUACCAUAGUUUCAGCUGUUAAUUCUCUGCCAUGUGAUAAAGAAGAGAAACGCUCAAUAUGCCAAAUUAUAGUGGACUUUUUAGAUCUGACACUUUUAAAGAAACCCAUCUAUGUUAAUAUAGUUUUAGGUAUAUCUUUUGCUUUAUAUUCGGAUAUUGCAUUCUUUACUUUGCAACCUUUGUAUAUGUUCGAAUUGGGUUUUAAUAAGCCCGAUACUGCCAGUGUUAUAGCAAUUGGUGCUGCAGCUGAUUUAGGUUCUCGUAUAUUUUUAGCCUUUUUAGCGGUCUUCGUACAAAUGCCUUCCAGAUACAUCUAUCUAGCUGGUUCAUUUUUUACUGUUAUAUCAAGAUUUGUUUUUCUAAAUGCUUUCGAUUUCAAAAGUAUGUCAAUUAUAACGGCCGUAAUGGGAUUUUUACGUACUUGGAUACAUGUACCGUUACCAUUAAUUUUUGCUGAAUAUUUGCCAAAAGAAAGAUUUGCCAGUGGCUAUGGUCUUUUUAUGUUUCUACAGGGUAAUAUUAUGUUUGCCAUUGGUCCCGUGGUAGGGUAUUUACGUGAUAAAACCCAGGAUUAUAUAUUAACAUUUCAUUGUCUGAACUUUUUCAUGGGCUUGUGUGCAUUUCCCUGGAUUUUAGAAAUUAUUUAUGUUAAAUUUCGCAGACGUACUAAAAUUAAUGCCACUGUAGUAGAGUCAUCAGCAAUUUAAAUUAAGAAAGAAACAUAAUGAUAAAUACAUAUUUUUGUAAUAACAUUUUAAAUAAA